AUGGUAGAUCACGCUUCCGACGUUAGCGACGCUGCGUCCACUCACUCGUCCCCCAUCAAGUCCGAACCUCAACUCCACGUGAGUGUGCAUAACAUUCCUCUGGACGAGAGACCGGACGUCCUAUUCACGCCUCGGCGAGCCUCGAGAAAAGAGAAGGAGGAGGAUGACGAGGAAGAGGAUCUCGAUGCACUUAUCGAAGAGCUGGAAUCACUCGAUCCAGAUGCCGAACUCGAGGCCGAAAUUGAGACGGUGGCAGGUGCUCGAAAUGUACCCGAGGAGCUCCUUCAAACCGACACCCGAGUGGGCCUGAUUGAGCCAGAAGUCAUCGCCAGACGAAAGAAAUAUGGUCUCAAUCAGAUGAGAGUGGAGAAGGAAAACUUGCUGUUGAAGUUCCUGGGCUAUUUUGUCGGUCCCAUUCAAUUUGUCAUGGAGGCUGCUGCAAUCCUCGCUGCCGGCUUGGAAGACUGGGUCGACUUUGGCGUCGUCUGUGGUCUGCUCUUGCUCAACGCUAGUGUCGGGUUCAUUCAGGAAUUCCAAGCUGCCUCGACCGUGGAAGAGCUCAAAAAGACCCUCGCGCUCAAAGCGGUGGUGCUCCGAGAAGGGCGCCUGAUCGAGAUUGAAGCCCCAAUGGUUGUACCGGGAGACAUCCUACAAUUGGACGAAGGGACAAUCGUACCGGCCGACGGUCGUCUCGUCACUGAGGAUGCAUAUUUGCAGGUCGACCAGUCUUCCAUCACCGGCGAGUCCCUGGCAGCCGACAAGCACUUGGGAGAUACCUGUUACGCUUCGUCGGCCGUGAAGCGGGGAUCAGCUUUCAUGAUAGUCACGGCAACAGGAGAUAACUCCUUCGUCGGUCGAGCUGCCGCCCUCGUUAACGCUGCAUCAGGCAGUACUGGUCAUUUCACCGAGGUCCUCAACGGAAUUGGCACAGUCCUGCUAACGCUUGUGGUCCUGACACUGCUUGUGGUCUGGGUCUCAUCCUUCUACCGUUCCAAUGACAUCGUCACCAUCCUCAGGUUCACUCUGGCAAUUACCAUCAUCGGUGUGCCUGUAGGUCUCCCUGCCGUUGUCACUACCACUAUGGCCGUUGGCGCCGCAUAUCUGGCAAAGAAGAAGGCGAUCGUCCAGAAACUGUCAGCGAUUGAGUCGCUCGCCGGGGUCGAGAUUCUCUGCUCAGACAAGACCGGUACCUUGACAAAGAACAAGCUAUCCCUCCACGAACCUUACACCGUGCAGGGCGUGGACCCCGAGGAUAUGAUGCUCACUGCGUGUCUUGCUGCGUCUAGAAAGAAGAAGGGCAUGGACGCUAUCGACAAGGCGUUUCUGAAGGCCCUGCGAUACUAUCCUCGAGCCAAAAAAGCUUUGUCCAAAUACAAAGUGGUCCAGUUCACACCCUUCGAUCCGGUCUCGAAGAAAGUGAGCGCCGUGGUCGAAUCACCUUCAGGUGAACGCAUAAUCUGCGUCAAAGGAGCACCACUUUUUGUUCUUCGGACUGUCGAAGAUGACCACCCUAUUCCCGAGGAAAUCGAUAUUGCAUACAAGAACAAAGUUGCAGAGUUCGCAGCUAGAGGCUUCCGUUCCCUGGGCGUUGCUCGAAAGCGCGGUGACAGCUCUUGGGAGAUACUGGGCAUCAUGCCGUGCGCCGACCCACCUCGAUAUGACACCGCAAAGACCAUCAAUGAAGCGAAAUCACUUGGGCUGUCUAUCAAAAUGUUGACUGGCGAUGCUGUCGGCAUUGCGCGAGAGAUGUCUCGGCAGCUCGGGCUGGGAACAAACGUCUUCAACGCCGAACGUCUUGGGCUCGCCGGCGGUGGCACUAUGCCUGGCUCAGAGGUCUAUGACUUUGUCGAGGCAGCUGAUGGGUUCGCGGAAGUCUUCCCUCAGCACAAAUAUAAUGUCGUGGAGAUUCUCCAGCAACGGGGGUACCUCGUGGCCAUGACGGGCGAUGGUGUCAAUGAUGCCCCAUCACUGAAGAAGGCAAAUACUGGCAUUGCCGUCGAAGGCUCCUCCGAUGCAGCUCGGUCGGCUGCGGACAUCGUUUUUCUGGCUCCAGGGCUAUCUGCCAUCAUCGACGCAUUGAAGACCUCUCGCCAGAUCUUUCAUCGUAUGUACGCCUACAUUGUUUAUCGCAUUGCCCUUUCACUUCACCUGGAGAUCUUCCUCGGGCUGUGGAUCGCCAUUCAGAACCGGUCCAUGAACCUCGAACUGGUCGUCUUCAUUGCAAUCUUUGCCGAUAUUGCCACUCUCGCAAUUGCAUACGACAAUGCACCUUACUCGAAAACACCGGUCAAGUGGAACCUGCCCAAGCUGUGGGGCAUGUCCAUUCUGUUGGGUAUCGUCCUGGCUGCGGGAACAUGGAUCGCCUUGACCACGAUGAUUGUUGGCGGGGAACAUGCGGGUAUCGGACAGAACUUCGGGCACAAAGAUUCCAUUUUGUUCCUUCAGAUCUGCCUGUCGGAGAAUUGGCUGAUCUUCAUCACACGUGCGAACGGUCCUUUCUGGUCGAGCACCCCCUCAUGGCAACUCUUUGCUGCGAUCUUGCUUGUUGACAUUCUCGCAACACUUUUCUGUAUUUUUGGAUGGUUCGCUGAUGGACGGACGAGCAUUGUCGGGGUAGUCCGCGUUUGGUUGUAUUCAUUUGGCGUGUUUUGUGUCAUGGCCGGCGUGUACUACCUUUUGCAGGACAGCGUCAAAUUCAAUGACAUUGUCCACGGACGUCGCUCAAGGAGCAACAAGGUGCUCAAGAAGAGGGACAUGGAAGAUUUCUGUGAGUAA